CCAAUCCAGGGUUUUAGGGUUUCCUGGAAGAAAGAGGGUUAUCGGGAUAAACCCCCAAUUUUUUGAAUGUCUCUUCUUGAAAACAGGUGAGUUCCUUCUCUGUUGCCCAAAAUUCUUGAGUGCGCAAUUUAGGUGGAAAUCUUUGCUACAUAUGAAAUGGUUGGAGCUUCACUAGCCCACAGAGAGGGUUUGCGGUUCAUGAAGGAAAGAGGGUUACAAGGUUCCAAGCUUGGGGAAAUCUCCUCUGUAGUGAAGGUAAGUUUUAGUUCCUCCCCUCUGCGUGAAAUACUGAAAUCUCGUCAAAUGUUGAAGUUUUUCUGCAAAUCACGCCAUGGAAUAUCUGCUGCUAAAGUCUCCAACCUAUGUUUUCUAUUGCCAUCAUCUAACCCACCCUUUUUCCACAUCCCUCAAACCCAUGGAUAAAUCUUCAAAUCAGCACUCGUUCACGGUCACAUACCUCAUAAACUCGUGUGGGUUGUCUCCAGAAAAAGCUCUCUCAGCAUCUAAGUAUGUCAAAUUUGAGACUCCAGAUAAGCCUGACUCAGUCUUGGCAUUCUUCAGGAACCAUGGAUUCACCCAAACCCAGAUCUCCAGUGCCAUUAGAAAGUACCCUCCUGUGAUAAUACGUGAUCCCCAAAAGUCCCUUUUGCCCAAGCAUGAGUUUCUCAAAUCUAAGGGCCUUUCGAUCACAGAUAUUGCCAGAUUAACGUCUAUGUCACAAUUCAUCUUGAAACGCAGCUUGGAAAACUCAAUUAUUCCUUAUUUUCUAUGUUGUGACUUUGUGCUUGGUUUUGUUUUUUUGAUUAUCAAAGUCAUCAGUCAUGUUAUACCAAAUAUUGAAAUUCUGCGAGAAGUAGGUGUUCCCAAUGCCAAUAUUGGGCUUUUGUUGACGAGACGACCUAGAGCAUUCGCUGUAAGCAGCAAUCGGUUUAGGAUUUGUGUGGAUGAAGUUAACAGGAUGGGUUUUAAUCCUUCGCAAAUGGAGUUUAUGUCAGCCAUUCGUGUGUUAAGAGGGAUGAGUAAAUCUACAUGGGAGAAGAAGGUUGAGGUUUACAAGAAGUGGGGUUGGACCCAGGACGAGAUUCUUGUUGCUUUUAAGAAGCAUCCAAAUUGUAUGAUUGCAUCACAGGAUAAGAUCAACCGUGUGAUGGAUUUUCUUGUUAAAAAAAUGGGUUGGGAAUCUUCGUUGGUUGCAAGAAGACCAAAAAUUAUACAACUAAUCUUGGAGAAGAGGAUUGUUCCGAGGAGUGCAGUUUAUAAAGCUUUGUUGUUGCAAGGUUUAAUCAAGACUAAUGGUAUCAGCUUGAGUACAUGGCUAAAUUUUCUGAAAAGCAGUUCCGGAAGAAGGUUUUGAGCUAUAAGAUGGAAGAAGCCCCCGAGCUAUUGAAGUUGUAUAAUGCAACAUUGGAUCUUGCGAAGUAGAUGGGAUAUGGGUAUCAAUGCCAGACAUGUUAUGGAUGUAGUUGCCCUGUGGUUUUGCUUCUCAUGGUUCAACUCUGGGGAAUCGAAUUCUUGUAAUUUCAAACCUGAC